UUGCAGCGUCUGUUCUGUAUUUAGAAGAUUUGUAUAAGUUUUAAAUAAAAUGACGGACCAAAAUGGAAAACACUACGUUUGUGUCAGUUGCGGAAACCCAGUUCGAGAGUUGUACAAGAAAUACAGCAAUACGGUUAAACCAACUCACUGUGUCAAAUGCAACCAAAUAACUGAUAAAUACAUAGAAGUGGAGGAGUUCAUAAUCCUAAUUGAUGCGCUUUUACUGGUUUCGUCUGCAUUCCGACACAUGAUUUAUAAUGGGAAAUUUAAGCUUUAUUGGAAGAUAUCGCUUGUAGUGUUGCUAUUGGAAUCUUUUGCAUUGUGCCGACAACAACGAGCGGAUGGAUCGAAUACUGCCCUGUAUGAAAGAGGAUUUUAUAUGUCGGCGUUACAAAAUAUAGGAGAAUAUCUUUUGAUGACGGUGCUGCUGCUUUUUAUCACCGCUCUUCUCGGCUUCGGACAGUUGUCGAAAGUCGGUUUUGCACCGUUAGCAUUAACUAUCCUUAAAGUCGUUGCCAUUUCAAAUUUCUCCAAGUUUUUUUUACUGCCCAUAUUAGUCUGGGGCAGUAACACGACUGAUUUUGGAAGAAAUUUGCACUAUAUGCUAGUUACAGGUCAUCAUUUAUGUUCAUUGGUGAUGGCUUAUAAUGUAGUUGGUAUUAUUAGUAACCAUCUUCGCUGGCUGUCCAUAUUAUUGGUAAUUUGUGCAUUUAUUAUGAAGGAGUAUGUAAGAUAUUUUCAGGCGUUUCAAAUGGUGCUUUAAUGGUCAUUAUUUUUGAAAAAAAAAGAAAGAAACCAAGACUGUGAUUUUGUUAUCUAAGCUUUUUGACACUUUUACUAUGUUUGCCUUGAUUUGGAUCAACAAUAAAAACGUUAUUUUUAGCU